UUCAUGCAUGCUCCAUUCUUAUGGCUCGAAAACUAUCCAACUGGGUUUUGAGUUUGAUGUUAACAACCUUUUUUGUGUCAUCAUGGGGUGAAAACGCUGUAAUCCUUCUCAACUUCAAGAACUCUUUAUCAGAUAACUCUGCACUCAACGACUGGAAUACCUCCACCACUCCAUGCACAGGUGACACUCCAAAUUGGACUGGUUUGCGUUGCUCUGAUGGGAAUGUCUUUGCACUCAUACUCGAAAAUAUGAGUCUCACCGGUGUCAUCGACAUUGACACACUUGCUCAAUUGCCAUUAUUGCGUUCUUUAAGUUUCAUGUAUAAUAACUUCGACGGUCCAAUGCCUAAUGUCAAGAAACUUACUUCUUUGAGAGCCUUGUAUUUGUCUUAUAACAAGUUAUCCGGUGAAAUUCCCGAUGAUGCAUUUUCUGAGAUGAAUAAUCUGAAGAAACUUCAUCUCGCACGAAACCAGUUCAUGGGUAAAAUUCCCUCAUCACUCGUAAUGAAAAAACCGGUUGGGUUGAGUAUUGAGGGCAACCAAUUUGAAGGCAAGAUUCCAAAUUUUCCAGACACCACGCAGCUGACUACGCUAAACAUGGCUAAUAACCGAUUAGAGGGAAAGAUACCAGCUAGCCUUAGUAAAUUCAAUUCUUCUUCAUUUACAGGUAACAAUGGUUUAUGUGGAAAGCCUUUGAAAGCAUGCAGUUCAUCAAAGAAGAAAACCAUCCUCAUAAUUGUGGUGAUAGUUGCAGUUGUAGUUGCAUUAGCCGCCAUUGUUGGAAUUUCUUACAGACGUAGCAAAAGAUCCAAAACUCCGAAUGAGUUGAAGAAAAACCAAGAGACCAGAGCCCUUCAGAAAUAUGGGGCUUAUGAUAUGGGGCAAAAGGAAAAGGAGGUCCCCUAUUCGUCGGAUCAAUUGGGUGGUGAAAAUGGGAAGUUAUUCUUCGUUAGAAAUGAUAGGGAGAAGUUUGAGUUGCAAGACUUACUCAGGGCUUCUGCCCAGGUGUUGGGCAGUGGCAGCUUUGGUUCUUCAUAUAAGGCUGUUCUUUUGAGUGGACCUGCCAUGGUUGUUAAGAGGUUUAGACAAAUGAGCAGUGUUGGGAAGGAAGACUUUCAUAACCACAUGAGAAGGCUUGGAAGUUUGUCACAUCCUAAUUUGCUUGCUCUCGUCGCGUUCUACUACAGAAAAGAAGAAAAGCUUCUUGUUUCUGAUUUUGUUUCUAAUGGCAGCUUGGCUAGCCAUCUCCAUGGGAAACGAUCACCUGGUCAGCCUGGACUUGACUGGCCAACGCGGUUGAAGAUCAUCAAAGGAGUGGCAAAGGGAUUGGCAUAUCUUUACAUAGAAUUCCCUAGUGUACCUCUACCUCAUGGUCAUCUAAAAUCUUCCAAUGUGCUUCUGGAUCAUACGUUUGAACCUAUCUUGACGGAUUAUGCACUAGUGCCAGUGAUGAACAAAGAGCAUGCUCAACUGUACAUGGUGGCAUACAAGUCCCCAGAGUUCAACCAAAGUGAUCGUAUUACAAGGAAGACGGAUGUGUGGAGUCUUGGAAUACUAAUACUUGAGUUGCUAACGGGGAAGUUCCCUGCUAAUUAUCUAAAACAAGGAAAGGGAGGGAAUUCAGACUUGGCAACAUGGGUGAACUCAGUUGUGAGAGAAGAGUGGACUGGGGAGGUGUUUGAUAAAGAUAUGAAAGGAACAAGGAAUGGUGAGGGUGAGAUGUUGAAGCUGUUGAAGAUUGGGAUGUGUUGUUGUGAAUGGAAUGCUGAGAGAAGGUGGGAUUUUAGAGAGGCUGUGGAAAAGAUUCAGGAGUUGAAGGAGAGAGAUAGUAAUACUGAUAUUGAGGAUUCCUCUUCCUACAAUAGUGAAGAUUAUGGCUACUCUUCAAGGGCAUUGACUGAUGAUGAUUUCUCUUUUUCAGUAAAUGGUUGAUUUUAUAUAUGUAGUUUAAAGAAGGGAACAGGACAGGGUCUCUGUUAUCCUCCUGUUUUUACAGUUUGAUUUUAAUAUUUUACAAUUAUUUUUAUACAUUUG